UCAGUGACUGCAUCAGGUGUGUUAGAAACAUGUAGGGCUGCGGCCCCCCAGGACCAGGACCACCUGUGGGUCCAGGUCUGUCCUCGGUCUGACAGCUGUUCUCCCUCAGCCUCCGACAGGAAGUGACACGAUGGUGAAGGCAGGCGUGACCACGAGCAUCAACACCAAACACCAGUGCAUCACGGCCAUGAAGGAGUACGAGAACAAGUCUCUGGAGGAGCUGCGGCUGGAGGACUACCAGGCGGGCAGGAAGGGUCCGGCCAACCCCAUGGCUCCAGGAACCGGCGGUCUGUUCGGAGGCGCCACGGCCACGUCCAGCGCCGCCACGGGUCUGUUCGGAGGCUCCGCCUCCAACUCCAGCUUCAACUUCGGGGCCAACAAGACCACGUUUGGAGCCACAGCUACAGGAACCUUCGGAACCACCACAGGAGGGAUGUUUGGACAGCCGGCCCAGCAGCCGGCGGGCAGCCUCUUCAAGCCCUUCGGUUCCACCACCACCACCCAGAGCACCGGCUUCAGCUUCGGGAACACCAACACCAUGGGCCAGCCCAACACCAGCGCCAUGGGUCUGUUUGGAAGCACCGCGGCCUCCCAGCCUGGAGGAUUGUUCGGAACCACCCAGACCAGCACCGCCACUGGGUUUGGAGCGGCCUCGGGUCUGUUCGGAGCCCCCAGCGCCGGGUUUGGAAACGUCUCACAGCCGAGUCUCUUUGGACCUAAAACGACGGGCUUCGGGACCACCACCACCAGCGCCCCGUCCUUCGGCACCGGCACCGGGCUCUUUGGUGCCAAGCCCGCUCUGUCCCUCGGAACCGGAACCAACACCUCUAACUUUGGGUUUGGAGGGACCGCUGCUGGUGGAGGUCUGUUUGGAAACAAGGCCACCACCGGAGGCCUGGGGACUGGACUCGGAACCAGCUUUGGAACCGUCGGUACCGGUCCCAGUCUGUUUGGAAACAACCAGAACAAACUGGGCACCACGCUGGGAACCAUGGGAACCUUCGGAACCACGGGCUUCAYCAGCGGAACCACCAGUUUGGGUUUUGGAGCUCCGCAGCAGCAGCCUGUCGCCCUCACAGAUCCAAACAGCACGGCGGUGCAGCAGGCGGUUCUGCAGCAGCAGCUGAAUGUUCUGGCCUACUCUCCGUACGGAGACUCUCCUCUGUUCAGGAACCCUCUGUCUGACCCCAAGAAGAAGGAGGAGCGUCUGAAACCCACCAAUCCCACGGCCCAGAAGGCGCUGACCACGCCCACUCACUACAAGCUGACCCCCCGGCCUGCGACCCGGGUUCGGCCCAAAGCGCUCACGUCCUCCGGAGGAUCCAAGUCUCAGCUGUUCGACGGUCUGGAUGACGACGAGCCGUCGCUCACGAAUGGAGCCUUCGUUCCCAGGAAGAGCAUCAAGAAGCUGGUUCUGAAGAACCUGAACAGCAGUCAGUACAGCAGCCCGCUGAACAAAGACAGCGAUGACCUCGCCUCGCCCUCAGACUACCCUCACAACGGACACAGCCAAACAGACGACGAGCUCCGGGAGGCUUCGGGUCCCAGCAGCCGGACCCACGACGACCCGGAAGUCACGCAGUUCUACGUCAACCCCAUCGCCAAGCCCAUCCCCCAUGGCCGAGCCCCGCCCGCUCUGCAGGACACCAUCAGUGACCUGAACAUGCACAAACAGCAGAGGAGCGGCCUGGAGCUGAGCAGCGACGACGUGUCCGUGUCUUUGGGGGAGGAGUCUCUGCUGGAGGACAGGGAGGAGGAGGAGGAGGAGGAGCCACAGGAGUCUCAGCAGUCUCCUCAUCCUGCAGGAAUCGUUCUGAACAGGGUGGGCUACUACACCAUCCCCUCCCUGGAGGACCUGGCUGACAUGGUGGAUGAAAACGGAGAGUGUGUCGUGGAGAACUUCACUGUCGGCAGGAAAGGUUACGGCUCCAUCUUCUUCCCCGGCGAGGUGAACGUGACGGGCCUGAACCUGGACGAGAUCGUCCACUUCAGACGCAAAGAGGUCAUCGUCUACCCUGACGAUAAAAACAAGCCACCGGAGGGGGAGGGGCUUAACAGGCGAGCUGAGGUYACCCUGGACGGCGUGUGGCCCAACGAUAAGACGAGCUGCACUCAGAUCAGGAGCCCCGAGCGUUUGGCAGACAUGAACUACGAGGGCCGSCUGGAGAAGGCCUCCAGGAAACAGGGGGCCCGCUUCCUGGAGUACCGCCCCGAGACCGGGUCCUGGGURUUUGAGGUGGCUCAUUUCUCCAAAUACGGCCUGCAGGACUCUGAUGAGGAUGAAGACGUCCCGCCCAAAACUGACCCCAAGAAGCUGAAAACCUGCUCACUUCCUGCCUCCGGGCUGCUGCCGCCGCCGCCGCUGCAGGUGGCGCCGCAGGCUCAGUCUGCUGCCGUGGAGCUGGCAGGGGGCGUGGCCGAGCUGGACAGCGACAUGGCCGACAUCACUCAGAGCCUGUCUGCAGAGAGCGCGCCGGGAGCCGAGGAGGGCGGCGAGCUGCCGGCGGCCGACACGGAGGCGUGGGAGCGCGACGACGUGUCUGCGUCCGGACACAUCGCCUCGUCGCUGGGGAUCAACCCGCACACCCUGCAGAUCAUGAAGGCGUCUCUGUUCACCGAGGAAGAGGAGGAGGGCGACAUGUUCCUUCAUCACGCAGCGACGAAGGUCUCUGARGUCUCGUCCCCUCGCCUGGGACCUCUGAGCCGACCCUCCGUCGGAGGUCUUCUUCAGACCCGUUUCACCUCCAGCCUCUUCUCGGACACUCCCCGCCCACCUCCCUCUCUGUCCCGGGGCUUUCCGGUGCCGGCGGACCCCUCCCGGCCCCUGCAGUGGAAGGGUCCGGGCCCCGCCUCCUUUCAGCUGCCUCCUCGGGCUCCAGAACCUCCAAUCAGGACCGUGGGAGUCCGGCGGCUGGGGGGUCCGGUUCCUCUCAAAGAGUCAGUGACUCAGGGGAAGGGGGCGCUGCUCAUGGACACGGGUCUGUUUGCCACCCGCUCCUUCAGGGUGGGCUGGGGUCCGGCCUGGACUCUGGCUCACUGCGGAAAACGGAUCAGCUCGCCACAGUCCAAACAGCUGGAGUACCAGGAAGUCAGCUCCAAGACGGACUUCAGCUUCCUGCCCAAACCAGCCAGAACCAAACCGCUGACUGAAAGUCCCUACAAGGUGGUCCUGGAGCAGCUGGUGGGUCUGGACCCCCCUCAGAAGAAACUCAGUGAGGAUGAUGAUGAUGAGAGCCAGGCGGUCCUGGAGCGCCCCCUGGAGAUCUGUCUGAAGAACAGCACCGUCAGUAUUCCUGAUGGGACCACCUGUCCUGUGGUGCGUCCUCAGGAGGGCGUGGCGGCGCUGCACCACUACGCAGAGUGGAUCUGUGAGCUGAACGCCAAGAUGGGCGGGGCCGAGCCCCUCCUGGGUGACUGGGCUGAGGUUUGGACCCUGUGCGAGGCCCUGUGGGGCCGGUUGGGCCCCCCGGACCAGGAGCCGGACCCCGAGCCGCCCGGCGAGUACGAGCAGCAGCUGCAGAGGAGGCGGAGCUUCUCGGCGUGGCUGUCCCGCGGCGCCUCCUGCAGGGUGGAGGAGGAGGCGUGUCUGUCGGGGAAAGGUCACCACACACACGCCAUCUUCAGCUUCCUGACAGGCGGCAGGAUCAGCGAGGCGUGUCGGCUGGCUCAGAAGGAAGGAGACCACCGCCUGUCCCUGCUGCUGUCUCAGGCUGUGGGCUCUCAGCUCUGCAGAGACCUGCUGGCCCUGCAGCUGGCAGACUGGAACCAGCUGCAGACAGACUGUUACCUGAGUGAGGAGCGCCUGCGCAUCUUCAGCCUGCUGGCUGGGAAACCUGUCUGGCAGUCCUCGGACUCUGUGGUGAACGUGUGCUCAGAGCUGGACUGGAAGCGCUGCGUGGCCGUCCAUCUUUGGUUCAUGUUGCCUCCAACAGCGUCUGUGGCCGACGCCCUCGCCAAAUAUGAAGCUGCCUUCCAGCCAGCGGGAGCGGGCGGUCCGGCAGGUUCUGACCCAGCACUGCUCGCUGCAGGAGACAGAUCAGUCGGUCCUCAGGGAGCGGUUCUUGACGGACCAGCUGCUGGUCCCAGAGCGGUGGAUCCAYGAGGCCAAGGCCACCCGGGCCCAGAGGGACGGGGACCGGCACCAGCAGGCCCUGCACCUGUACCGGGCCGGACACUGGAACCGCUGCCACCGGCUGCUGAUCCAACACCUGGCCUCAGAUUGCAUCAUCAAUGACAACCACGACUACCUGCUGGACUUCCUGGAGGGUCUGGGGGUCCCUGAACGCAGCGCCACCAUCCAGGACUGGGACACGGCAGGGAGGGUCUACCUGGACUACAUCCGGGUCAUCAAGUCCCUGCAGCUCAUCCAGCAGGCUGAGGCAGGGGGGUACCAGCUGGAGCAGCUGUACAGUCAGGUCACGUCUCUGUGCAGCAGGAUCGAGCUGCUGCCCUGUGGCUCGGCCCGGGACCGCCUGGCCCAAUCAG